AUGUGUCUCCUCACCGGCUACCAGCGGCCCCACAGCGCCAUGAAUUCUCUUACUCCUUUUCGGGUGUAUGUACACCUCAUCCAUACAGCAGAGGGGGGGGGCCUGUCAGCAGAAGCAAGCGCAGUGGUGCGGCGUGUGGCUCUGAAGCAGCGGGAACAGCAGCAGCAGCAGCAGCAGCAGCAGCAGCAGAAUCCUGCUGCUGUUUUCAGCAGCAGCAGCAGCAGGAGUAUGAGUAUGAGCAUGACUCCGACUCCGACCAUCACCAGCAGCAGCAGCAGCAGCAGCAGCAGCAGCAGCAGCAGCAGCAGGAGUUUUCUUGACGAUGAAGAGGACCCCACAGCGCCUGAGGAGACACUUGUGAACUUGCUGCUAGCACCAGCAGAGUCUCCUCUCGCUCACCUAAGAGACAGUCUCCUCCGCGUUGAGGCCCUCAGCCACAUCCUUGUAUGGACCCGCGCAGCCAGGAGGCCCCGGGGCCCCCACGACAUAGAUGCUCUCUCCUGUGAAGGGGGAAAUAUAGACGCUAUAGAACUACCCCGGCUGGGUGUCUCCUUCAAAGCGGUGCGGAUCCCGCAGCGUCCCCCCGGCUCUCAGCAGCAGCAACAGCAGCAGCAGCAGCAGCAGCAGCAGCAGCAGGUGAAGCUUGUGUGCUCUGGUGAUGCCGAUGCAGCAGCACCAGCAACAUCACCUGUUGCUGCUGCUGCUGCUGCUGCUGCUGCUGCUAGUGCUGCUGCUGUUCUCUCACUCAAUCCAUGGGCUGCUGCACAAAAACAAAGAGAAGCAGAUGAACGGCUGCUGCUGCAGGCCGACCUCGUAUUAGAUAUAUCGUCUCCUGAGCUGUUGUUUGACCCGUCUGAUAGAAACUGGGUAAAUUCUUUUUCUGGGGCUCGCCACUACUUGUGUAGUUUGCAUGCAUCUCGUUCUUUUUUAUUUAUCCCCACAGUUGCUGCUGGGCUGUAUGUGUUGCUGCUGAGAUAUAUAAAUAGACAGUUUGAGGCCUUCUGCUCUCUCGCGGAUUCUCUGUCUCUCUCGGAUCAAGAUGGAGACAGCAGCAGCAGCAGCAGCAACAGCAGCAGCAGCAGCAGCAGCAGCAGCAGCAAUAGCAGCAGCAGGGGGGGAGGAGGAGGAGAAGAGAUAGAGAUGUGGAGACACAUAAAUACUGUUAUGGGGAGAUGUCCGGAUCAGCACCCCGAUGCUGUUGCUGCUCGUCUCCGUCUCUGGCUAGCAGCAAACCGUCAAGGCCUCACUCCGCUUCCUGCUGCAGCAGCAGCAGAGCUGCAGCAACAAAAGCAGCAGCAGCAGCAGCAGCAUCAGGGUGACAGCAGCAGCAGCACCAAGCCAACAACCAGCAGCAGCAGCAGCAGCAGCAGCAGCAGCAAAGGGCGCAACCGCGGGCUGCAGUGGACAAAGAGGUUUGGGGGUCUCCUCAGCAGGCCGUGGGGAGUCGGGCGAUCCCAGGAGACACACCGAGAGGGUUGUGGGGUGGGGGGUGUUGCUGCAGGCAUAGACACAGCGUGGCCUCUUGCUGCUGAUAUUCUAGCUUAUGUUAAGAGACAUUCUUUUGUCUCUGCUGCUUGUCGUCUCCCCCUAGAGGAGGAGCUCGGGCUGCUGCGUCUCUGUCCCCCCAGCCACCAGUCUCUCACAGAGAUAACCAACAGACAGACAGUGCUGGAGGCGCUGCUGCAGCAGUCUCCUGCUGCUGCUGCUGCUGCUGCUGCUGCUGCUGCUGGUGGUGCUGGUGCUGGUGCUGGUGCUGGUGCUGGUGGUGCUUCUGGGUGCUGGGAUCGAUCGAUCCCCGGGGUGUGUGGGGAGAACGGAGACACCGAGAGGCUGCGUCAGCUGGUGUCAGUGGAGGGGGCGCAUGCAGUGCGUGUGGUGUCUCCUUCUCCUCCCCACGUGGAGGAUUUUGACGGCAUAGAAGAUACAACAGCUCUGUCUCCUCUGACUUGUCUCUCUACUCUUGUCGAUGCAUGUGGGGGGUCUCUGGUGUAUAGACGGCCAGAAGAGGAGACACUGAGGGGUGCUGAGGGUUUAGAGUUUAUAAACAAAACCCUAGAAAGAGGAGUCUUUGGCCCCUCGCACUGGACGCGCCGUCUCCUGGUGUCUCCUCCAGCAGGAGACUGUUCCUGCGAGAGCCGUUUGCUGCUGCCAGUUGAUGGGGCUCAGUAUACGCAUGUGAUGGAGGCAGCAGCAACUCUAGCUGCUACUGCUGCAGCAGCUGCUGCUGCAGCCACCCCCUGCAGCAGCAGCAGCAGCAGCAAGUCGCAGCAGCAGCUGCUGCAGGAAGCGAGAGAAGCAGCAGCAGCAGUGGCUCGUGAUGUUGUUGUGGGGCCCCAGCUGCUGGGGGCCCUCAUAAGAAAACCCUUGGAGACACAGCAGGAAGUGUCUCGGCAUCUGUGUCUGUCUGGUUUUUGUCGGGGAGAGAUAUCUAGUUUGCUGCUGUCUCCUUCUUCUCUUGCUGCUCGUGUCUCUGACCUUGCUGCGCUGCGGCAGCGGCUGCUGCAGGGGUUCCUGCAGGACGGCCGCUUCACAGAGAAGGGGAUCCGUCUCCUCCAGGCCCUGGUCUCUCACGUAGACGCCAUUCACUGUCCCCUCCAGCAGCAGCAGCAGCAGCAGCAGCAGCAGCAGCAGCAGCAGGAGCAGCAGCAGCAGCAGCAGGAGCGGGAGCGGGAGCGGCAGCAGGAGUUGCUGUUGGCGGCUAUGGAGCAUCAAGAGGAGAUAGAGAGAAACAAACUCAGCCCCUGGAGACUGUGCUGCAUGCAGUGGGCCCACAUACUGGGGAGAGCAGCGGGGACCGAAGCAACUGUCUCCUUUGAGUCUUUGGUGUCUCUCUCUAUGUCUCGCCAAGCAGAGGAGACGCUGCUCCUCCUCAACCCCUUCCUCACACCAAAGAUGGUGUGCGAUAUCUUCAGCCUGGUGGGGGCGGUGAUGCUGUCGGUGAACCGCCGCGCCCACAUAUGUCGCUGUCUCCAGGGGACAGUGGAGCUGAUGCAGCUGCUUAAAACUUUCUCCUCCAGGGCCAGAGCAGCAGCACAAGAAGACGCAAAGCAGCAGCAGCAGCAGCAGCAGCAGCAGCGGAUGCAGCAGCAGCAGCAGCAGAUGCAGCAGAAAUUCCCAGAAGGGUUUGGUUCUCCUCCAGGGCCAGAGCAGCAGCACAAGAAGACGCAAAGCAGCAGCAGCAGCAGCAGCAGCAGCAGCAGCAGCAGCGGAUGCAGCAGCAGCAGAUGCAGCAGAAAUUCCCAGAAGGGUUUGGUGCGCGAGGAGGAACUGCAACACAAGCUGCUGCAUUCCCGGAUGCAGCAGGAGCAGCAGCAACAGCAGCAGCAGCAGCAGGACCACCAGCAGCAGCAGCAGCAGCAGCAGCAGCAGCAGCAGGAGUGA